CCUGGAUCUGACGUUCUUGUCCCGCACAUGCGCAUUGAUAUGAUGGGAAUUUCCAACAGCUGAGAAGGCGUCGCUAGCUACGGCUAUCACUUGUUUUAGGUUUGGAGCUGGCUCAGGAAAAUCACACCAUUAGGAUUCUGACUUGAUGAGUCCGCGUGACCUUGCAUCACUGCACUUUCUGAUUCCGUGGGAUGUAUUAGCUACAAUGUUUUUUUUAACAGAGCGUGACGCAAAAGACAGUCCUCAAAUCAUCUAAAGCAACAUUGGCUGGUGUCUCUGAAAAUAAAUCAGUGUUAGAGCCAGUAACAGAGAUGCCCAUUAGAAGACAUCCAUGCAGCCGGCAGCUAAACCACCACAACUGAGUGUGGCAUCUCUUUGUGGAGGGAAUGUCUUGCUGAGACUCAUUUCUUCGUCACCCUCAAUAACGUUAUAAACGUUGAGUGUGUGCCGGUACAUACAAACAAUAUUGAUAACCCAAAAUGAUGCUUAAAUGUGGCAUCCUUGUGCAGGGUCUGCGAAGGGGUUGAGGCUCUCUCAAAAAAGGCAAACAGCUGACAAUUAGGCUGCUGCAUAAAAUGGAUGCAAAGUUAAAGGAGGACCUCUUUCGAAGGUAUGUGGGGGCACUGGAGCGGCGCCUGGAAGAUGGAGGGGGACUGUCUGUGAUGGCAAAUCCACAUGAUGGUGACAAAAGAAGACACAAGGACAGCGAGGCACUACUUUCCACAGCCACAGCGCUACUUGGGGCCUAUCAGCCAGAUCCAGGACAGCGUUUCCGCAUGGUGCGCUUUUAUGAAGUUGUUGAAAGUUCGCUCCGCUGCCAAAGAGGAGGCAACCUCAGGAGCUUGGAGAGAGCUUUCCACACCCUAGAAACAAUCUGCACCAACCUUUUGCUCUUCCCCUGGAAGAAAGAAUUCAGAUGUAUAAAGACUUUCACUGGCCCAUAUGUGUACCAUCUAAAGGCCGCAAUUUCUGACGCUGAACUCCGAUCUCUAAUGCGCACAAUUGGCUACACCUGCGACCAUGACUCCCAAUUCUAUUUUCAGGAACAUCCAGGAGGCUCGGGUCAUCUCCGCCAGUUGGCUUUUGAGCUCUUCCUGGCCCAGGCAGAAUGUCGUCUUUUGGGAGAAGUAGUGGCACUGGCCCGCGGUUCCGCAUCAGAGUUGGAGGCCCUGGAACUCCGCAAGGGCUGCCGAGAUGAUGCAGCUGGCUGUGCUGAAGCGCUUCGCAGACGUGACAGCCUUGGGGCUGAUAUGGCUCGCCUAUCUGUGCAGCCUCUGGAUAUUGAGAGGCCUCAUGUUCCCCACCUGAGGCGAGGUAGCCGACCGUCAAAGUCUGUGGAUGUGACAGAUGGGGCAGGUCACUGGCACGCAGCAGUUAGUAAACCGAUUUUGAAAGCCUCAUUGAGUCUGAGGAAGGAGCCUCUGUUUGUGGAUGCAGAAGAAGAUAUGAAGGAUGAGAUCAUCAGACCCAACACCUCGACAUCUCUUUUCUCCGUUGCAGCACCCCCGUCCUACAGCCCCAUUGCAGAUUUCUUCCCCACGCAGUCACCCCCCCUCGCUGAUGCUUACACAUCCUACCAUCUCUCGUCAUUGGAUGAGAUUGACUUGUACACAGAGCGAGGCGGGGGUGGAAUUGGUGGAAGACAAACCCCCUCACGACCUGCGUCCCGAGAGCCUCGAGACGCCAGAGAUGGGUGGCUGCUCAAAGCCCACGGCAGUGUGAAGUGCCAGGGCUGUGGGAUGGGCUGCUCUACGAUCGCCUCCUGCCAGAGGUGUGAUGUGAUACUGUGCGCUGCCUGUCACGAUGUUGAGCCCGCUCCUUGCUGUAGCCUGCAAGACUACCACGCCAAAUCUCCACGACCACUGGAUGGAUAUAUUCCUGUUAAGGAAAAGCUUUCUGUCUACUCAAACACUCAUUCCUACUCGCAUCUCCAUCCCCACCCCCUCACACUGACCCAUUCUCACACCCAUUCACACCCUCACUCCCAAAUGGUGGAUAAACCUUUGCUGUCUACUAAGUUGUUCCCAAGCAAGUCUGCUGCUUUGACGACGCCAAAGGGAGGAACGAGUGAGCGCAUCAGCAUGGGGGGAUCGCGAUGCGGGUUUUGCAACAAGCCAGGUGCAUCUCACACCUGUGUGAACUGUUCUAAGGUGUCAUGUGACACAUGCAUGGGCUUAUAUGCCAAGGAUAUCUGCACACGGAAGAAUCCCCAGCACAUGUUUGUGCCCAACCAUCAGCUCAACUUUAAAUCUGGCACCAUCUCUCACAUGGUGUACCGAUGAUCCAGGUAUAGGCUUUGCUUCUCUGCUUUUAGUUUCCUCCCUUAAAAGGCAACAUAGCCUUGCAUUGAUGCUUACAAUCACUUGCAAUCUCCCCUUUUAGCUUUUUCAACUCCAUACCGUGUAUUUUCUCUCUUUGUUGGUUAGGCCAUCAUGUUUGCUCAAAGUUCUGGCCUUUUUUUUACUGUAAUACUUUAUUUUGCCUUGCUACCCACUCUUUAUUAGUGAUGUGAUGUUGUAGCACUUUUGCUCUCUACAUGGGAACUUAGAGUUAAAUACCUUCUAAUUACAAAUUCCAUCCAAAAUUAUACAUACUUCUAAGCUAAAAAAAAAUCAUCAAAUAUAAAUAAAGUAUAUGAUAUAUGUAUGUGUGUGCUUGCAUGCACCUGUGUGCUAGCACUUAAAAUACCCAAGCGGGGAAAAUUACUUUUUAAAACUUGAAAAUAGUGAUAAAAGAUACACUGGAAGUUAGUAACCUAAUAGUAUAUAUUUUAAUCUCUAGUCUGUAGAACAAUGUGAGACUUUUGAAAAGAUGAAGACUAAGUUGGAAGUACUGUACUGUAUCUCAAAAUGACUGACUGAGACAAUGAGCAGAUGCCAUAUUUUAUUUAUGAAGUCAUGCCUUGUAAAUGAACCCCCUUUGUUUCUGGCUGACGUUUUACUGCUGCUAUUACCUUGGGAAGUAAAAAGGUUGACCUCUUUUGAGUAAA